AUGGGAAGAGGGAAAUUUUCGAGAUUUGUUCAACGGGAUAAAUUCGCAUCAUCCCAUGCAGCAUCAUCCCGUGCAUCAUCGACGUUGCCAACAUCGCCUUCAGAUGUGGAGUUAGAGCAAACAGCAUCAGAUGCAGUCUCAAACAAUGACGGAAGGAUACCCCUUUUGAGGACGCCUGAAGGGGAGUUAGUAUUGCACAAGGACUUCUCGAGGGUGAUUGGCAAAUCUUUUAAGACGAUUCCAAACCCGACAGGUAUCAAUUGGAAGGCUACUCCAAAAGAAGUCAAGAAUCUAUAUUUUGAGGAGUUUCGAAAAUACUACUCAUGGGAUGAGAGAUGGGAGGAUGAGGUACGCCGGCUUUGGGCAAAAAGGGCGAGUACCAGGUUCCCUGACUUUCUAUAUGAGGUCAGGGCAUGUAGGAAACCUGAUGAUAAAGGGAAGCCGGAUUACAUAUCUGAUGAUCAAUGGAAAGCCUUAUGCACAUAUUGGGAUACUCCUGAGGCGAUCGAGAAGUCUGAGCGUGCAAGCAAGGCUAGAUUGUCUGAGCCAGAUGGACCGGGCACUGGAAUAAGCAAGCAUCGAGGUGGUUCGAAGUCUGUUGCUGUGAGAGCUCACGAGAUGUCUUUAAAGGAGGGAAUUCCUGUCAAGAAGUGCGUGUAUGAUUCGUUUAGGACAUUACACGUGAAUAAAGAUGGAACUUAUACGUACAAGAAGGCUGAAGAAGUUGAUACGAGAGUGAGGGAGAUUGCCGAGCAGCAAGGAGAGAAUGCCGAUUUGAGUCAGAUUUAUGUGGAUGAGGUGAUGGGAGGCCGCCUCGAUAAGAAGCAGAGGAUGUUCGGCACUGGUACCCUUGCAUGGAGUCUCGUGGGCGGUACAUCACAGACUAUCCAUUCACAGCACGUUGAUGCUCGAUUUGAAGAGCUGCAGCAGCAGCUUCAAGAGGAGCGUGAGCAUAGACUUCGAUUGGAGGAAUCACUUCGAGUAACUAAUGAGAUGUUUCAGCAGUUCAUGAGGUCCCAGCAGUCGAGGAGUGGUGGCUCAGACUUACCAGGCGACAAUCCUUAG